GAACACACAUUUCCUAGCGUUGUCGUGUUCCGUGUGAACGUGCCAUUAAUGACAGAUGAUGCGCGCAACUGUCAUUACAGAGUCAUAACAGUCAGCAGACGGAACGCGUAACUCACGGAACCGACAGAGAUAGAUCGAAAGGAAUCUAUUUUUCUCUUUCUAUUUUAUUAAUGCGUAUCACACAUCCAUUAUAGUUAUCAACAUUGCGUUUAUUCACUGCUGUUCUGGUUAAACAAAACCAAAGAAGCAAACAGUUGAACGUGGAAAUCAUGAAAGUCUCAUCAAUAAAAUUCUCAAUGUUCUUUGACAGAAAAAUCAGUCGAGUGGCGUAACUGUUGGUCCAACAAAAAGUUGCAGACUUACUAAUUUUUUUGCAUUGUACGAAUCUGUACAAAUUAUAACACUACAUGUACAUAUAUCCACAAUGCAAGUAUAAUAUGGAUAACAAAGUAGUAUCAAUUCUUUUGGCAUGCUAUUUUGUGCGUCUAUACUUACAUUACUUAUUAACAUAAAGAAUUCAAGUCUGCUGCCGAGUUUCACAAGUCUGUCAAAAUGGGUACAUCGAGGCAACAAGAUCGAUCUCUCGGUAGUGGAAUUUCAUUGCCACAAUGGAUGAAGGGAAAAAUGGAUAAUAGAUUCGACUUUGACGAUGUAGCAUUCAGUCCACCAUCGUACGACGAUAACUUCUUUUACAUAAGAUAUCAAAAGUCACAAAAUUCUGAACUACCAAAAGAAGGAUUAAAACGUAUCGUUCCUGAGGUCUUGAAUGAGAACAACAUCACGAGUUCUACAAAUCAGAUAAUGAAGGAACAAUCUAUUUCUGACUUGAAAGAAGCCAAAAUCGAUUUUAGCAAACAUCCUUUGCCCUGUCAACCAUUUAUACCUGCUGUAAAUAGUAAAGCUGACGAUAUCAGACCUAAAAAACCUGUAACAAGUGGAUACGUAAAACCCAAAUCGCAGGGAACGGACGACGGUUUUCAUGGUGAAUCGGCUCUCUGUGGCAAGUCGAUCGUUCACGUAGCUAGUCAGAUGAUGUCUGGCAAAUUGACAAAAGUACUUGCACCAGAUUCCAGUUCCCAACAGAUGGAAAGUUCAUCGAGAAAUGUCAGUAAAUCUUUGCCGGCGACACCGCUGACAUCACCGACAGCAAGUCCUGAUAAUUCACCAAAAGCACGCAGAAAGAUUCAUGCCAACAGAUACUUUACGGGCGCAUUCGUACCAGACAGAGAAAAAUACCAGGGUAAUUGGAUUUUGGCGAGCAUACUUGGGCAAUCCAGAGAAAUUAUUACGGCGAAAAUAGAAGAAGAGGAUGAAGCCUUUGCAGACAUGGAACCACACAAGCCACUCAACAGGAAAAGAUCGAUAUCUUCGCAAAACCUCACGUACAUAGGGCAAGAAGACAAAUCAGCGGAUAAGUCGGCGAUUCACAUGAAUCUACUGGAAGCUAAACCAUCCGAAUUAAGAGAGAUGAAUUUUUGGUCACCAACUUCCAUGUGAAGUUUAUACUUUUACACAUUUCGUUAAAUUUUACUCACGUAGCUAUCCAUCGUGCUUGUACCAAAGCAUAUCUAGAUCGUAGAAAAAAAAAGAAGAGAAAGAGCGCGCGCGUGUGUGUGUGUGUGUGUGUAUGUGUGUGAGAGAGAGAUAACAUAGUUAAAACUUUUACAUUAUUAACGUAUAAUUCGUAGUCAAUAUGUAGCGAUUCACUCUUAUUGCGUUUGCGUUUGACUAGAGACAUGUGGGACACACACGUUAAAAAUUAAAAUCAACGCUGAGAGGAAAGCAAAAGAUGUACCGCGAUUCGUUCAUCUGGAGAAUUGUAUACAUUGAAACGGUGAAACAAAAGUCUUUUUCCUUCGGAUAAUAUUGCUAAUUUAUGGGAUAUGUUAGAACCGUAAAAAAAAUAUGGGAAGAAAAAGGAUACGAAUUAUGAGAUGCGCUUGUAUCGUAAAUGGAAGAACACCUGAGGAAACAUGAAUCCAGUACAAGGGAUUCAGAUGAUGUUUUGUGUGAACAUAUGGCAUAUUGUGUGCGCAUGUUUAUGAAAAUUCAAUUUUCCGGGAUAGGACUUGACAGUCUUCGUAUGUUGUGCAAUAGAAUAAAGAUGUUAUCUAAUUAUAUUACUUGGAACGUUACGCGAAAUCUGGAACGCGUUACACUCUUUUCACGAUGUUUGAGAAAAUUAUAGAGAAGAAAAGCAGAAAGUAUCAACUACAA